AGGAUUCUAAAUUCUUUAAAGCUCUGUUUUCAGGAAAUUUUUCUGAGAACUUUUUACCUCCAGAAGAUCAGUGGAAUUUGAUCUGAAGGCUGGCCAUGACAUCGCAAGGCCAAAGUUUGAAUUCCACCUUUGAUGAUAACUGUCAAGUGAAAUUUCGAGAGACGCUUCUGACUAUUGAUUCGUACCUGGGGGUUCAAGAUGUGGAGCACCUGAAGUUUCUCUGCCGAGACUCCAUCGCCCCUAAGAACCUGGAAAAGUGUGGCUCAGCCUUGGAUAUCUUUGAUUACCUGUUGGCAGAGGAAUGGCUGAGCGAGGAAGACCCCUUCUUCCUGGCGGAGCUCCUCUACAUCAUCAAGCAGAAUGUCCUCCUUCGGCACCUCCACUACACCAAGGAGCAGGUGGAGCGCUGGCUGCCUGUCCGCAGGAAGGUCUCUCUGUUCAGAAACCUGCUCUAUGAACUGUCAGAAGACAUCAACUCAGAGAACUUAAAGAGCAUGAUCUUCCUUCUGAGGGAGUCGAUUCCAAAAGUGCAGAUGACCUCUCUAAGUUUCCUGGCAUAUCUGGAGAAACAAGAUAAAAUAGAUGAAGAUAAUCUGGCAUUAUUGGAGCACCUCUGCAAAAAAACUGUACCUAAUCUUAUGAGAAAGAUAGACAAAUAUAAAAGAGAGAAAGCCUCCCAGGAAAGGGCACCUCCUGUAGCCAAGGAAACUGAGUCAUCGCAUCAAGGAGAGAAAGAACUAUUUUCCCGCUCGGACAUUAACCAAUUGUUUGGAGCCUUGCCGGAGGUGUCCUGGCAAGAUGAGCAUGCACAGAGUAAUGGUGGCACAGCAACCCCGGUCUCCGUGGAGAUGUUGGGAGCAUCUGUUGACACUCUAACUUCUGAAACCAGCACAAAGGAGACAGCUGUGUACAGGAUGGAUCGGAAACACAGAGGGCAUUGUGUUGUUGUGAAUAACCACAGUUUUACCUCACUGUCAGAAAGACCAGGGACCAAUAAAGACGCUGAGUGCCUGACGCGUGUGUUUCAGUGGCUUGGGUUCAGCGUGCAUACUUAUGUCAAUGUGACUAAAGGCCGCCUAGAGGAGGUUCUGCAGUAUUUUCAGACUCAUCCAGGCCACGCUGAUGGAGACUGCUUUGUGUUCUGUGUUCUGACCCAUGGGAAAUUUGGAGCUGUCUAUUCUUCUGAUGGGGACCUCAUUCCCAUCCGGCAGAUCAUGUCUCACUUCACAGCUCAGCAGUGUCCUGCUCUGGCUCACAAACCCAAACUCUUUUUCAUCCAGGCCUGUCAAGGUGAAGAAAUACAACCUUCCGUAUCCAUUGAAGCAGAUGCAGUAAAUCCUGAGCACGUGCCCCCUUCCCUUAAGGACAGUGUUCCAGUUGAGGCGGAUUUCCUUCUUGGCCUGGCCACUGUCCCCGGCUACAUGUCCUUUCGUCACGUGGAGGAAGGUAGCUGGUAUAUCCAAUCUCUGUAUAAUCAUCUGAAGGACUUGGUCCCAAGACAGGAAGAUAUCUUAUCCAUUCUCACUGCUGUCAACAAUGAUGUGAGUCGACAAGCGGACAAACGCGGAACAAAAAAACAGAUGCCUCAGCCUGCUUUCACACUACGUAAAAAAGUAGUAUUCCCUGUGCCACAGGAAGAAUUUUUACUAUAGUAGAAAGUUUUGAUCGACGCUUAAACUUGAAAAGACCCUUUGGGCAUCGCUUCCAACCUCCCACCUGUCAUAGAAAUCAGUGACAGGUAGUGAGCUGGCCUCCACCUGUCAUUCUAGUAGAAGAACAUGCUCUAUUUUCUGACACAACAAAAUCUGUUUUUUUUUUUGUUUUUUUUAAGAUAAGUCUAAAUGGUAGAAAACUUUCUUUAUUGAAGCCUUGGACUGUAGUCUUGAAUUUAGCUGUGCACCCCAAGAAAAAAGUGAUUAGCCUCGGUUUGUGCAUCUGUGAAGUAAAAGGUGGGACCGGGUGUAUUUUAAGAUUCCUUUUAGCUCAGAACCACUGUUCGUGGCCUUGACUGAGCUUAGAUUUCCCUUCUAUAUAUGCUCACACCUUGUUAUAAUUCUGUAUCCCCUCUGCAUGGUCUUGUUUUGGACACUGGAUGAUGAUGAGAUCAUGGUUCAAUGACCCUCUCCUUGUUCUCCCCUAAAGUUUGAUCUGUGCCACACCCAUUUCCUGCUUUAGUGUAAGGAAGGUGUUUCUGCAGGCAGUGUUUCUCUUGGGACAGGAGCAGGGUUGGCUCUCGGAAGAUGACAGCUCAGCGUGAAGACAGACACAUUCAGCUGCUCUGGGAGCACAAACUUUACACCCUUGUAUUAAAUUCCAUGUUGGUCAGGACCUUUCAGACGUCGCUGACAGAACACCCACCUCACACCAACGAAAGCAAAAAAGAAAAUUGGUUGCUUCUUUCACCUGAAAACACAUGAACACGGAGACUGGCUUCAGGUGAGGCUUGAAUCAGGACUAAAUCUGCACACAGCAUCUCUCUCGGUCAGAGUCCUCAGGGUUGGCAGCUGACUGUAGUCAACAGCCCCUGCCUUAGCUCUAACACGCUCUGCUGCUCUGACCCAAAGUGAUGAGGAGAGAGGCGGCCUCAGGGACUGAAGAUGUUCACAGGGCUUGUUGCUCUCUCUAGCCAGGCAGUGUCUGGCUAUGCCUUCUGGAGGGGGAGGCUCUGUAUGGAAGCCUUGAUACUUAAAAAAUUAAGGUUGUGAACACUCCUAUGUAAUGAAUUUUUUUUCUUUUAAUUUCAAGAGGAAUUUUAAAUUCUUGGAAGGAAUUAAAUGUUAGUUCCUGGAAGGAGGGAGAUUGAAAGUCCUGUGGUUAAUGACUUCAUUUAUAGAUAAAGAAACUAAAGCCCAAGGAGACAGAGUGAUUUGCUACAACGUCCAGCCAGCUAUAUCAUUUACAGGAUUUUGUUUCCCACUUAACUGAACUGGAAUGUCAUGGGUCAUAACAGGACUUUAUGAGCAUUUCUUGGAUAUGUAGGUGCUCAUGAAAGAUGUCAGGGAAUGAAGAAAAAAUAACUCAGUGAUGCUUGAUUUUAUAAUUAUUUUUAUGAAAGUCAAAUUAAUGUCUGGCAAAUUUGCAGUGAGAAAUAUUCAUAAGAACCUUGUUAUAAUGUAGCUAGUAAUUACAUGGAUUUGAAUGUAGGUUGACCAAGGAAACAAAUCUCAUAUAUAUGUCAGGAUGAUCUUCCAAAAUCAUUGUUCAUACAAGUCAAAGCUAACAGCUGGUGGGUGCAGUCUUUGUCCAAUUGGAUAUACACAGCUUUUGGCCAUUUAACAGUCCUUUGCUAGUUGAAGGAUGAUUUGGUACAAAGGAAAGAGCAAAGGGUCUGGAGAGAGAAGCCUUGGGUUUCUGUUGUAUGCUGUGAUUCCCUUGCUCUGAGACACUAAAUCAAGCUAGUUUUUUGAGGCUUAUCUAUAUAGCAGAGAAGUAUUAUCUGUUGGGAGGAUUAAGGUUUAAAUCUAAUUGUGGCGUGGUGCAUAUAGGCCCAUGGUAGCAGUAUUCUGGUAGUAACCUUAAUGGAAGUAGCAGAGUUUGAGUUCCUUUGCAUCUAAUUCCUGCUGACUUUUAGCUUCAAAUCAACAGUAGCAACACCCGCUGAUAUUCUCUGACUGAGGAACAACCAGGCCAGCUCUUGGCUCUGAGUCCAGCUGGGCAACACAGGUGAUGAAUUCUCCUGCAUCAGAAAUAUGUGGGGCUAGAUGUUGAAGUCCUGGGCCUGUGUUCUAUUUUAUAUUUCUGUUUCACUGGAACUUAGUGCAUGUGCACGGUUAAACUGUAGAAUCAGGAAACUUUCCAUGAACUUUCUUUACGGAGGCCUCCAGCAAGCAUGUGAGGAAUCACUAGACAUUUAUGCCUGUGAGUCAUGGGUCUAUACAGACAGCAGGAGUGCAGUCGUUCUUGGCUCAUUUUUCCUAAAUGGAGCAUAUGCACACUUGGCCCUUGUCUGUAUUUGUGUGUGUGUGUGUGUGUGAAUUUAGAGUCCACAGACAAAAGGAAGUGAUUGAUCACAACCAUUUGGCAGUGCCUACAGCCAUUGUCUGUCCAGACAUUUAUGAUGAAAAUGGCAGAUGGAAUAAGGUUUCUGUAUAUUUUGCCUAGUUUUGCUCAACCUACAAGAGCUGUAGUUAAUUUUUUCUUUUCUCUUUAUCGCUCAAAUUUUGGCUUCUACGAAACAAAAUGAAAGACAUGAAAACUUUUGAUAGAGUAUUAUGCAAAUGUUAGUUAUUUAAUAAUGAUACUACCGGUGUUUAGCAUUAUUAGGACUAUUAGUCACUACAGCAUCCUACUGGCAUCUGCUUCAGGGACUCACCAUGGUGGUGGGCAGGUUUGAUAUCGUGGCAUUUCCCUUAGCAAUAUAAUUAUUCCCCUAAUACUCAGGUAAUUUAAACAUAUAUGCAACUAGUACAUUGUGGUUACUGACCAAUCAGACCAGACACUGAUCAGUUUAACACAACAGUUAAUGAGGCUGAAUAGCAGCCAAAGAUCAGUGAUCAAGUCUCUGCUGAGGUGAACCAAAUUAGACAUUUACCUCAUUUUAUAGACGACUUGUGUGCCAUAUCGGAUUGACAAAAUUUUCCAGGUCGGAUACUUUCUGAGUGACCUAGUCAAAUUCUCAACCUGAAAUUCUUCGGCCCUUAGGUUUUUGUGGAUUUAUCUUCAGGAUCUGAGAGUCCUCCACCUUCAUUUUUAAAUGUUGUCAUUCCUUUUGGGGGUAAUCUUUAAAAAUUAAUACAAGUGCCCUUCGUUUUUAAAUGUUGUCAUUUUUAAAUAUUGUCAUUCCUUUUGGGGGUAAUCUUUAAAAAUUAAUACAAGUGCCCUUCAUUUUUAAAUGUUGUCAUUUUUAAAUGUUGUCAUUCCUUUUGGGGGUAGUCUUUAAAAAUUAAUACAAGUGCCCUUCUCUUCCGUAUGACCACCUCGUAUUUGCGUACCGCCACCUAACUUCUGUGCUCACAUCCGGGUGCCCACAGAAAGUGAUGAACUUUACAUUGCACUUUUAAAUGUAGCAUAGAUUAGGGUCCACGGCUGGGGAUUCUCAGGUUUAUUGUCAAGUGUCAGUGGUUAAUCUGUUUGAAACCUGCUCCAAUCCAUCCUCUCAACCCUAUAGACUCUACUUCACCAUCCCUCCCCUUAACUCUUCGAGCAGAGGGAACUCACACCACACACAGAGUCAUGGAUUUGAGAGACCCUGUGGUCCAGCCUUCAGAGUGUUAAAUUUACCAAAGUCUCACAGCUGUUAGUGGAGGAUUUGCAAUCCUCUGUAUCUCUUGCUUUGCAAUCCUGCCAUCUGGUUUCAGCUGCAGACAGCUUUAAUUAUCUUUUUCUCUGUUGGUCUUGAAUCUGCCCCCUUAGAAUGUACUUAGAACCACGGGUUCUCAUUCUAAACUCUGGAGACAUACCAAGCAAGGGUAACUAUCGUCUGGUGAGGUAUAUGUUGUAUGUGACAAGUUUUUUUUUAACUUUUUUCUGGUAGGGUCUGAGUCUUGUCAAAAGUCUGCAGUUUGCUCUUAAAGAUGUGGUAAAAAUAUAGUGACAUAUUUGUAUCUUUAAACAGAAACUAAAUUUCUGAAAGUAGAACCCUUUUAAAAAAGCACUAAAAAAGCAAUAAGGGAAUUUCCUGUUUAAAGAAAGACCCAUUUGGCAAUGCAAACAUUGUAUUUAACAUAACUUUUGCAUGUAUGAACAUUUAAAAGAGGGUUUUUCUAUUAAAAUUUUUAGAUUAUAUUAAAUUUUACUAUUUAAAUGUAUUUUUGAAUAGGUGCUAUCUUUACAUUGUAUGAAGAUAAGAAAAUAUGAAAGGGUGUUCAAGAAAAGUUUUGCCCCCAUUUCUGUGCAAUGCCUGCCCAGUCCUCUGUCCUCCUCAUCCCAUAGAUAAUUUCAGGGUUUCUUAGUGCAAAUGCAAAUACAACAAAGAAAAAUAUAUGUGCAUUUUAAAAUAAGAAUUUCUUGAAACAAAGUAUAUAUUGUACACUGUGAAACUCACAUCUCUCAUUUGGUCUUAUUUAAAAUGAUGCUGUAAGAUGCCUGGAAAUAUUGGUACAAUUCUAGAAUGGGAAUAACUUUAUGAGCUUUGUGGACUGAGUACUUGUAAAUAAUAGUA